CAGCACCGCCGCCUGGCACUCCACCCCGUGAUGCCGCGCCAGGUGUCGCCGCCACCACCACCACCACGUAUGCCGCUGCCCCUCGCAGCCCGACGCCUUCCGUGCCCAUGACACUGGAGGAGUUCCGCAGCCCACAGAGGCACAGGGGCCGCGAGGCUCGCUGAUGUCCCGGCGCCAGAGGCUGCCGCCGCUGCGCCAGCAAGCCCGUCCGCCGGUGGGAAGGGCUCCUGGCAAAAAGGGUUCGGAGCAGAGGGCGCGGACACCGGGCAGCGACAGUGACAGCAGCAGCCGCUGUAGCAGCAGCAGCAUCCUGGACAAGCUGAAAAAGUUCCAGGGCCGACUCGACGAGAGCCUCUGCUCGCCUGUGCACUGUUUCUUUUCCGUCUUCACCGCUUACCACUGGGCAGCCCUUGCGCUCUGUUUCCCUAAACUACAGCCCAAACUGGGGCAGUACAUCCACAUGCAGCUGCAAAGGUACCUGACAAAGCGGGAGCAACGUCUGCGUGAGCGCCGGCGCCGUGCCAAGGAGCUGCUGCUGUGGAAGCAGCGGCUGGACACGGAGGAGGAGGAGGUGCGCAACAUCGAGCGGCUGGCGGUGCGCUCGCGGCACGAAGACCGCGGGCGCCAGAACGGGCGGCUGAGGGCGCCGCUGGGCGCCACGCCGCCGAGUUCGCAGCGCGAAGUCCUGCUUGCCGUCUCCAGCAGCCCCACGCUGACGCCCAGGGACAGCUCCGUGCGCUCCGUGUCCAACGCAGACACCGAGAGAGACAACCUCCGAGACAAGUCGUGGCGAGCGACCGACAACCUCUCCGAAUGGUCUCUGUCCAUCAGGACUGCGUCCGAGUCGGAGUGCUCCAGCGAGGUGGAGGGGCGCAUCGUGGCGUUGCGCGACGAGCUGGCUCGCCGCAAGAUGAUGGUGGAGCGGCUGCAGAAGGAGCAGCGUCGCCGCGCCAGGGAGCGGCUCAGAGCCCACGAGUCGAGCCUGCGCCUCCAGCUGCAGGCCUACGACACCUUUAUCUGCAAGGCACAGGGCGAGCUCGAGAACAGCAAGGAACCUCACCCAUCCGUGCGGCCACACGGCAGGACCCACAGCUCGCUCGACCUGGACACGAAGCCAGCGAAUGGGAGCUCUGCUCAAGCGGAGACUACGGCAACGCAGACCGCCUCGUUUGAGCAAGGGUCCUUCUCUUCCCUGGCGAUAUCAGCAUCCAAAGACAGCUCCGUGCCGAGCGAUGACCUCUCGGAACGGCCGAGCCUUCGAGAGGAGAUGUCCGGCUCGCUUCCCGUGCCGAGCGCCGCUGCUCGGCACGAUGACGUCCCCUCGCCUGACGCCGGCUCGCCGACCCCGCCUCUCAGCGUCUCCGUCCACGACAACUCGACUUUCGAACCUGCCGAGCCAAGCCUCACGAACUCGUCCGGCGGUCGAGUCGCCGAUCCGGCAGCGGAAACGUCUUCCACCUCUUCGCUGCCGGACGACGACGACAUCGUAGGCCCUCCCGAUGCUCGCGCCGUGCCGACGGCGAAGGACUUGCACGACGAGCCUCCUUCAGGACACGUGGCCGGAAACUCGGAGGGCUUGGGUCAGGGAUCGGAGGUGGCGUCGUCUGCGGACGAGUCGAUCGCGCCAGAAGCCGUUGGCGGCGACGUUGGCCUCUCGUUGCAAACUCCAGACUGCUUCGGUGAGAGCGAACACGUGAGCCGGCCGACCGAACGUCGAGAUGACGGUGAUGUGAAAACGGCGGUGAAGAAGGCAGUGGACGCUCCACCCUGCUGGGAAGUGCACGAUCUCGUACCGAUCGGCUCUGGUGGCGCCGUGGAAACGCACAGAGACGAUGCGACUUCGGCGAGCGAUUCCCGCGGCGGCAAUUCGGCGGUGCCUGCAUCGGGAGUCGGUGGUUUUGGUGGCGUCGCCGUGGAGCUGCCUGCACAGUCGUCGGGUCUCGUCGCAGACGAGCUGCCCACGAUGGUCGUCGACACGACGGCAUCGCAGACGUGCGAGAGCGGCGACGAGGCGCAGGUGCCUAAUGGUCCACACGUCGUUCUCCAAUCGUGGUCGGCGGAUCUUUGGCAAGAGCCUCGCGGGACCGUGAUUCGUAACAUUUUACCCGAUGCCGGAACGACACCAGACUCUGCUCUGCCGAGCGUUACCAACGAUGCAAAGAUGAUCCCGAAGUCAUUGUUGGACGGGGAUCUCUCCGACUCGGAGGAGUUUGAAUUCUCCUCCAAUUUUUCCUCCGCCGACGCCUCGGACAUCAGCAGCUUGCUCAUGAAGUCCACUUCCACGUUUGAGAGCGUCUCUUCUCCCAAGAGCCACGACAUGAACCUGCCCUUCGACGAAGCGGAAAGUGUCGAGACCGGACAGACGGCACGGGACGAGGCUGAGACCGCCAGCCGGGAGGGCGACAAUGACGCGGAGACGUGGCGAUUCCUCAGCCCAAGGUCGCCGAGCCAGGAGCCCGGUAAGGAUGAGAACGAGCAACGAGACUCCGAGCCGGUGCCGUUAUCGCCACUGCCAUCGCCCGCUCGGUCCGAGCUCACGGGCCCCACGAGCAGCGAUCAGGACGACCCAUUGGCUGGCAUCCAGCUCGGCGAGCAGCUGUUCGCUGAGGUCGCUAAAUUUGUCGAUGGCGUGAUUGCCGAAGCGCUCAAGCAGGUGUCUGAAGCAGCCGUCGCAGAUGUAGCGACAGCAGCGGCAGCAGCAGUGGCAGCGGCGUCUGUUGUCGCGGACAGUCGUGCGGGCACAGCUAUUGUCAGCAGCGAUGGUGACGAGGAGGUCACCAAGAUUUCAGGAGCGGUCGUUGAUCGUCAAAAAGUCGACGAGUCUACAAGAACGGAGGCCGCGGCGCCGCAACACGCAGGAACGGUCGGCGUUCCCGUGGACCUGUCUGUAGCUGCGAAGCCUGCCGGAGACGACCACCCCGACAACGACGAUGACGAAGACGACGAUGACGACAGAUCGAUGUACAGCCGCGUAUCCGCCCCCGACGGUGAGGAUUCGAAAGGAACCCCGUCGGGAAGCGUCAGUCGCCGCUCAAGCGUCGGAAGCGUCGUCUCGGUUUCGGACGCCGACGAAAAUGCUCAGCCGUCCUGGCUGGCGCCGUACGCGCCCGACGAUCAGUCCCUCUACACGCCCCUGCUGGACAUGCUCGCGAGGGAGAAGGGCCGCCUGCAGGCACAGAGGGCCGACGCCAUGCCCUUGAGAGAGGGGACUUGCGAGCAGCUGCGGCGGCAACACCCGGAGCUGGAGAAGCAACGAGAGGAGCUGCGGCAGCAGGAGGAGCUGCAGAAGCGGGAGGAGCAAGAGCAGCAGCAGAAGCAGGAGGAGCAGCAGAAGCAACAGGAGCUGCUGAAGCAGAAACGGCAGCAGGAGGAGAAAGAGAAGCAGAAGCAACAGGAACUGCAGCAGGAAGAGCAGCAGCAACAGCCGGAAAACGAACGCAAAACAAACAACGCGGACACAGUCGCCAACGGACUCGUCGGCAAGUUUGUGUCGGAAGUCUUCGACCAGUACCUGCAGCUGCGGCAGGCGCGGAAUGAUAAGAUCGCCCGGGCAAACACGCUCUUGGAGCCGGCGACGCCACCGCAGUCGUCUCAGCCGCCACGGCUCGACAACGGUUUCGCCGGACACGACGACUCAAGGGCGCAGAGCAGCGGGCCAGGAACGCAGGGGGGGAUCGACUUCGAGACUGAGAGGGCCUUCCCGCCGGAGCCGACCGCGAGGCCGGUGAGCCCCGAGUGCGACCUGGACUCGAGCGAAGACCUCAGCACGCCGCUGGCCCAGAUGCGGCUGAGCAGCGCGCUGCUGGAGGCCGGCCUUCUGCAGGACGACCAGGACUGGUUCGACGAGGACUUUGGCUUGAGCAGCAAUCGCCGAGCCUUGCGGCAGCAGCAACAGCAGCAGCAGAGCCUUCGGGGCGUGCGGUUCGGCGAAGGGGGUCGCCCGGGUUCUCCGGAAUUGGUCGGCGCCACGGCCGGGCGCAUCGUCGACGUGAAGGCCAAGGAGGAGGAGGAGGAAGAGAGGGCGCAGGAGGAAGAGGAGGAGGAGGCGCUGUUCGCCGUGCCGCACUCGCACGCCGAGGUGGCGGCGCUGGUGGGCGCCGCCCUCUCCGAGCUGGACAAGCUGACGGAGCUGGGAGAGAACGCGCGCCACGUCACGGCGCCGCGCUCCUACCUGGGCGCCGACUGCCGGGGCCAGGACAUCGAGAGUGUGAGCCGCCGUGUCUACAAGCAGUCCGUAUUCGACCUGACCAAGGAGGUGUUCAUGGAACUGCACGCCGACGACCCCAACACCGACCGCCCGCCCUGGAUGAAACCUCGCCGCGGAUCCUCGCUCUACCUCUGGCGCAUCGGGGGCGUGCACAGCGACAACGAGAUCGCGGCGUUGAUCCAGACGGAGGUGCUGCGCUCGCUAGGGCUGUUUGAGGGCAGCGCGGCUGGAGACUCCAACGCCACCAACGUCGCCACCGCCGGGCCGGGAAUCGGAGGGCGCAAGCCCGACCUCCCACGCGCCGUCAAGUGGGGAAAGAAAUCGCGCGACCGUGUCGAUAUCAUCCUGGCGCGAGACCUGCACGAGGAGGAGCCGCAGUGGGUGAGCUACGAGGACGACGAGCUGGAGGUGAAGAUGCAGGCCGUGGACUCCAUCUUCGAGGCGCUGCUCGCCGACACGGCACACACACUCUCACAGAUCUACGACAACCGCGCCUUCCGCGCCGCCACUUCCAACACCGCCGCCCGGUGACACCCCGCUCGUUUGUUGGACCCUGUCAUGGGGUCGGUCGAACUUGUCGUCCCGAAGGACCAGAGCUGGAACACUGAGCUGCGUUUGCAUCCGGAAAUGUGUUUCCACGGGCCGCCGCCGCCACCACGACCUCGUGACACCCACUCAUCCGUCGUACCCUGUCCGCGGGUUGAACUUGUUGAGUCUUGAGAGACCAGCGUUGGAACACUGGGGUUCGGGAGGGGGCGCCGGGCUGCGUUUUCUUCCGGAAAUGUGUUUCCCACCGCUGCUGCAUGGUGCCGAUUACGUUCGAAUUAUUUUUUUUCCCAUCCAGCGGUUUGCGAUCGUCUCCUUCUUUAAGUUGGGCUGCGUUCGUCACGAUUCGGCAGUUGAAGUUACUGUCUUCUGUUUACCUUUGUGGUGAAGCAGCGCCCCUCGUGGCUGCAGAGUCUACGCGAACAAAUUGUGCGAAUCUAAAGUAAUUGAAGGUCCUGGAUUGUGAUGUAAUAUUUGUAUCGUGAGGUUAGGCCCUAUGCAUCAUUACAUAAUAAUAAUACGCAAUAAUGUACUGCCGCUUGGCCAAUCCACUGCUAUAUGAAGGACUCACGACGUUGUACUGAUCAUGGGGGUUGUUCGACCGUACUUCACGCUGGUUGGUGCGGGCUGCUGAACGGAGGUAGACUGACCCAGGACCGGUUCAGAUUCAGAUAUUUCCGAGCGCUGAUGUUGGCCGUGACCGGGAAUCGAACUCGGGACUCGCCGACUUCACAGCUCGUUCCGCUAACCCGCGCAGUGCCGCCGCCGCUGCACUCGCUCGGCAUCUUGACAUUCACAUUCACAAUUGGAUUUCGCGUAUAUUCCCCAACAGGACACAUUUACUGAUUGAGUUUGCAUUAAGUCCUUUCCCUGAUGACUGCCGCUGCUGCUGCUGCCGCUUGCUGAGCUUGCCGCGGAUUAUCCGGUCUCCUGCGAGCGCUCAUUUGCAUCUCAUUCUUUGCUCCGCUGCUGCGUGACAGGGAAACGCACUUCCGGACUCGUUUGUGGCCCAGUGCUCGGAGGUCGUAAUUCUCAUCGACUCUCUCUCUGUCCCCCCCCCCCCCCCCCCAAAGCUUCCGCUCUCAAUUCCCUGACGUCCCCACUGUUCUUACCCUCUUCAGACUGGUCCUUUCGUUCUUCCCAAUGUCCCCGUCUUCCUUGCCCAUGCCCUUGCUGUACGUGGACACACGGAAAGGGAUAAAACCACAACCACUAAAGCGUAAUGCAAAAUCGGACUUAAGUUAGUUUGGACUGCCUGUACAUAGUACUGCAGGAGGCCGUGUCCGUGCGUGUGUUUGUUAAAGGGGUGGACUGUGCAAUAGAGUUCGACUCGCGAUGACGUGCUGGGCUUCAUUUCUCGCUUGAAUCAUGUUCCCGGCUCGUUGGUCAUAGACUGGAGGAGGUGGCACGUGACCCGUAGCCAGCACAGCCGGAGCGAGAGGAUGUCUACAGGAUGUGGUGUAACAGACCCGGGUAAAAGCUAAGCCCUCACGACGCUUUGGAGCGAUGUCCAGACGGCACCGCCGCGCUUGGACGAAAGCACAUCGCAGCACCGAGACGCGCCGCUCCGUCGGACGCGGAAGCAACGUGUGUUGCGGGCAGAUGCUGUUAACAAACAAGAACAACAACAACUACUACAACAACAACAGAAUUGAACGAACAUUGCUCGUCUGGUAAUGAAUUGAUGUUGCACUUUCGAGGUGGUUGAUUUGUCGUGGGUGAGUAAGGAGAUUAUGCCUUAAUUAAGUUCUGCUGCUAGAAUUUACCCGAACACUUUACCUCUCGUGCGUGGGUGGGUGGGUGAGUGGGAAUUGGGCUGCGCGGCAGUGGUGCGACCCCGUCGACGCCAUGGGUUGUGACCUGCACCUCGCCCGAGCCUCCUCGUAGGUUUACUCAGCCAGAAAUCGUGGAGGCGACUGUGAGGUCUGGGGAGACGAUGAUGGGCCUUGUGCUGUGGGCCACUCCUCUACCUUUUACCCGCGUGCCGUGCCGGCCUUAAUAGGUGCUCGCUAACGGCACUUUCCUCUAUAGGCCAAGUGGGCUUAAAGAGAGUUGGGGAGGGGAUGAGAGGCGGGGGGGGGGGGUGGCCGUGUGUGUGAGAAUCUCCCAUUCGCUACAGCGAUAUCGCCGAGUAAAUGCUGAGCGAUUGCUUUCAGCGGCUCUGUGAUAGAAUUCGCGGCGCGUCAUAAAUUCUGGCACGGCGCGCCGACCGCUCGGCCCGUCGCCGCAGGCUGUGGUCUGUCGCGAGUGCCGGGGCGGGGGGGCGGCCUCCGUUGUCGGCCAAUGGAAUCGCGAUCCUGUGUAUAGCCCUACUCCUAACCUUAAACACCCAGCGUGGAAUUUUUAUUAUUGCCGUGCCGUUGUUUUGCACCGCCUGCGCGCGGCUGAGCGCGUGCGAUUCACGAUUAUUUUUACUUUUGUUAUGCCGCGUACCUAAUGUGCUCCGUGCGCAUUCCGUCAAAGGGAGCGCGCUCAUGAAACGAGUUCCCGAUUUUAUAUAUUUACCUGCCUUAAUGACGCACGCAGAGCAAACGUCGCCGUCGGUGUGCGAAGUUUGAAUAAUUAUCAUGAGAGUUUUUCUCACGACCGCUUGGCUGACUUCGGUUGCCCCCCCUCCCUCUCGCCGCGACCUCCUCCUAUUCCAGUGCGCGAUGAACGUCGGCGAGAUUCCCUCUCGCCGCCCGGGAACUGAAGAGGACGCGCCAACCAUUCGAACUCUGUACGACUAAAAUGAUCGACCCUGGGGGACUGCGUUGUCGGACACGCGUUAGCGCAGAUAUCACAGCCGCGCUCGGUAUGAGAGUCUUGUUUUGGGAAGUAUGUUGGGUUCUAUUUUAUUUAUUCAGGACUAGUGUGAAAUUAUGACUUUUGUGUAAGGCGGGGGGGGGGGGGGGGGAUGGUGUUUGUGGUAGGGUUGAAGUUAAAGGGUAAUCUUGAACGAUUCAACUUGAGGCUUUGUUUGUAUUCAGGAGAGCUGCACCGUCUCGGGACUCUAACAGGAGGGUCCUGCGUCAUUGAUUUUGGCCGCAUUGCUUCGGGUGGUCGAUGGCGUUUAUAAUAUGUUGUACAAGCGGGGAGCAUACCGGAGGAAACCUACGCACAAAAACGAGCAGGUUUGAAAUGUCAUUUAAACCCAACUCUUAAUUCCAGUCGUAACUGUUGACCCUAACGCAAGCCCUAACUCAUUGAAAUCCAUGUUUUUUUCCCCGUCAGAUUAUUAAGCAGUCUCUUCUGAUACACACACCCUCACUUGACCACGUAGGGUAGACCUCUCUUGAAUUACAGACACCUCCUCACUGUGAACCUUGCUGCCUGCGAUGCUGCGAGCGUUAGGGACAUAAAUAUGGUUCGGGCUCAAUAUUUGUGUGUUUGUGGGGUUUGGUUUAGGUGGUGGGCUCUUUGGGUUAGACACAUGAAUAGGGUUUGUGUUGAAUGCGGAGUCGGGGUUAGGAUCUCGCACCAGAAUGUAGCCGGUGUCAUGGUCGGUAUUGGAAUUAGCCGCAGUAUAAAUGUCAAGCUUAGGACCAUCAGUGCCGCCCUUGUCCGGUUCUGGUUGAAUCUCGUUCAGCUCCCGUCCAAACACGAAGUGUUGUGCAGAGUUCGACUCGCGUCCACGCGUCCCCUGUGCUCGAGCCGAGUCCCCGUGGUGUUCCCUUCCUGACCGCUUCCCCUCUCGCGUUGCAAUAAUACACCCCCCCCAGUACACACGUGUGUGUGUACGUGUGUGUGUGUACACGUGUGUGUGUGUACGCGUGCGUGUGCACGCGCGUGUGUACGAGAUUCACUACAGCUGGGCUUCGGACUGCAGUUAUUUUACUCGUUCGCUGCGGUCGCGUCUGCUUCCCGCGUUUACCCCUCUUCCCAGUUGCAAUCGCACGAUUUGUCGUGACGCACCGCACGCGCCUGAUGUUUGCUAAACGCCUCCCCACGUGACGCUGCGUGAUGCGCGUGCCUCCCCGCGAUGUUGCGAGGGUUCUUUGAGAGUUGGAAUCGGAGCGCUGUGCAUCACGUGUGGGAGGCGGGGGGGUGUUUCAGCAGCAUCCGGCGCGUGCGGUGUGUCCACGACGUGAUUCACGCGCCUGUGAUUGGUGAGCAGGGAAGGGGGGGGGGCUGAGUGGUGGGCCGCAAGGCCUGGAUUCCGCUUUGUAUUGAGGCCAGCUCGGUGUGUGUGUAUGUAUAUAUCCGUGAGUUGUAAUCUCGUCAAUUGUUGUACAUAGUGUAUUUUAUCAAGGGAUAAUAAGCACAAUUAUAACUGUUAUUAUUAAUAAUGUAAUCAUUGGACAUAAUUACGCUGAGCCCGUUUAAUCGUGUGUGUCAUUUAAGCCUUAUCCUAACUAUAAAAUAUGUAUAACUACGUAAGUUAUUGCCGAUCUUAAUUAUUAGUAAUUAACUUUAACUGAAGGAGGAUGCAAUGCAAAAAAAAAUAAACGGCUGUUUUGUUUGUGUCGCCACGCAGCGAGUUUUGAAGCUCCGUUAUUGACGCGACCGACUUUCACGGGGGGCUUUCUUUGCGCUCCUGUGACGUCACCGCCUUGUCACCUGUAUUAAAGCGCAGCUGAUACAAAUUAA